AUGAGGCACGUGAAUCUGCUCAACCGCUGGACUCGCCACUUCCUGACGCUCAUCGUGCUGGUGACCCAGAUCUGUGGGGUCACCACCUUUGUCUAUAGCUCAAGGCACCGAUGCUUUCGGCAGUCCGGAAUCCUGCGGUUAUACUCCAGUUUAAUUCUCGCUUUAGUGACAAUAUUCCUAGUCAUUAACAUAAGUAAAAUGUUUGAUAGGCUGCCAGAUGUUUGGCCAUAUUUGGUGGGCAGUAUUGUGAUGCUGGUCGUUCGAGUCCGAGGAUUUAUGGAUAGUCAGGAUAUCGUAGAGCUAUUAAAUCAAAUCAAUGAAGUGCUAAGACAGGUGAAGCUGAUGGCCCGGCAUCCGAAUAUCUUUCGGCUGAGACACCUCCUGCUUCUUCUUUUGGCUUUGCAAAAUCUUCUGCGGUCCUUAAAUAUGGUGGUCGGAAUCAGUAGAUACUCUGAAGAAGCCUAUGACACACUGGCCAAUAGUUUUCUACUACUGAUCCUGCUGGGAGUUCUACUCAGCUUCCUUCUUCAGAUCACCAUCAAUAUUUGCCUGUUUGUGGUUCUCAUCGCCAGCUAUAAUGAACUGCAUCGAUGCAGUCGAAGGAUCUCAAAUGAUAUGGACAAACUGAGGCAAUGCCAAGUCCUUGAGAGCGGACAUUUUCUGGUUUUGGUGGAACAACUACGAGGAAUCACUGAGAGGUUAAUGGAAGGGCGUUCGAAUAUCUUUCAGGUGACCCUUAGAACCAUCCGCCACUUUCGGUUCCAUUGGCUGUGUGCUUUUAUCUACGGACUAAUGCCCUUUAUGUGCUUUACGGCCAUUGACCAAGAUGGAUUUUAUUAUCUUAUCAUUUCGGCUCUAAAUAUAAUAUUCCCAUGUUCCAUUUUUGAGAUUCUCUCUGGUGAAUCGAGGACUACAAGAAGUUUUUGCAGUUUUAAUUUAAUCAACUAUCAUAAGGCAACGGAUAGAACUAUUGAUGACUUGCUCCACCAGGGAAUCUUGCAACGCAUCCGGGUCACCAUGUAUGGCAUCACGCUGGACACGAAAUUCCUCUUGAAACUGCUGUCCAUUUGCGUCUUUUGGGCGUUUGUUAACCGGCAAGGAUACCUCCUGCACUUCCACUCUCCCCAAAUAGAUCCUGUCAUUUAA